GUGAGAGAUAUGAGUUGACUCAUCUUACUACUCACAUGUGGCUUUAUCUGACUUGACACAGAUAAGCAGAAGGGUUGGCGUCUGCCAUUGCGAUGUCAAGUCGAGGCUGAAGUCCGGCCAAGAUUAAAAGGGACGGCUUGUUACUUUUGUGUACUUUAUAUUUGUGCUUGAUUAAAGUUGCAGUGUGGGUGGAGACUUGCUGAUUUUUUUCUGGGGGUCUUGAGUGAAGGAGGAUGGUGAUAUUUAAAGUUUGGCUCGCGCUUUUGCUCUUGCCGAGUCUAUUGGGAGUCAACAUGGAGCAUCUCCAAGGAGAGAAUUUGCAUCUGCUACCUCCUGAUCAGCAUAAUGUGGUCAUGAAUUAUGGAAUGAAAGUGUUACCGAGAGAUUGCCACGAAAUGUUCAUGAGCUCUUCAGGUCACGCCAGGGACGGCGUGUACCUGAUCCAACCGGGGGACGCCCCAAUCCUGGUCUUCUGCGCCAUGCAGGAAGGAGGAUGGACCGUAGUCCAGCACAUCACCGUUAACAGUAGCGUCAAUUUUGACCGAGUGUGGGCCGACUAUAAACGAGGUUUCGGUGACGUCACUGGCGAUCACUGGCUCGGGAACGAAUACCUGCACCAGCUUAGUGGAGGCCCGGCACGCUACAAACUGGGAGUGAAACUCGUGGACCGAGACGCCGUGACGAAAAUGGGGGAGUACGAUCCGUUCCUGGUGGAGGGCGAGUCAUCGGCGUACAGGUUAAGGCUGGGUUUGUUUCAUGGCACGGCCGUGGACGCCCUUACUCAGGACACGGAGAACUACCUGCACGAUAAUCAAAAAUUCACCACUAAGGACAGAGACAAUGAUAAUUACUUCCAGAACUGUGCCAAGUUGGAGUUCCAGGGAGUGGCCGGUGGAGGUUGGUGGUACGACGCCUGCGCUGGUGCCAAUCUGAACCGAAGAAAUGUCAUCUACUGGCAAAAGGACUGCAACAAAGAGCGAUUGUGCAAGUACGCAUGGAUGAUGGUGAAACCGUCACACACGGUUAAAACUGUUCAUUGCGCUGACUGCAAAAAAGAUGAGUUAUGAAAAGCUUCUCAGCAGAAGAUGCAAUGUGGCUCUGGACAACGAUCAGGUAAUUGUACAAAAAAAAGCUCUCCUGGAGGCUUUUUAAAUACUAAAAGUAGAAAGGUCCCAGAAAAAUAUGGAUUUAAAAAAAAAUUAACAUCAAGACUCAAUAUAUUCUGCAGGAUAUUGACAUUUAUUUGAAGAAAAUGGAUAAACACAGUUUCUAAAAUACAGAAGCAUAAAAGCAACAAACCCAGAAACAACUUCACUAUCCAGUAUAAUGGAAACAUACUUUUAAAUUCCUGGUUUGAAAGAGUCUUUCAAAAAAGGAAAAAAAUAUUGGCUUUGCCUCCGUUUAAAAAAAAAAGGCUAUUUACAAAUAGCAACUUUGUGAUGAGAGCUGUAUUUAGAGUGCUGUGGUAUAAAUACAGUGAAGAUGCGCUCUAAUAAUUAAUUGUGCCCAGCAAACAGGAUGCUGCCUGUGCUUGUAAACAACAGCACGUUAAAUUAGAAGCUAAAUUAUGUCAGACGGAAACAAUUAUUUGCAACACAACAGGGCUGUACCCUUUUAAACAGGUGACAUCCACUGGUGGAGAUUUUUCCUUGAGGGGGGCCAAGGAUAUUUUGGGAGAUCCUCAAAAUUUGCAAACCUCCAAAAUUCUUUAGAAAACACUAUGUUCCCUACUUUUUCAGCCUUCCAGACAUCUUUGGGGGGUCAGCAGUGCCCCCGCGGCCCCCCUCUACCUCCGCCAGUGGUUCCGAUCCAUCUCUUAUAUGGCUCCCUCCAUUUUGUGUUGGCACAGAAAUUUUGACAAAGUAGCAACAGGCUGCCUCUCACAGAUAGCGUGGAAAGGACUUAAAAUGUCACUAAGGACUUUUUAAACAGUUGGUUAUGAUAUUUUUUAUAUAUAAGAUUAUUUUAUGUUUGUUAAAUCAUGUGAAAAUGGAAUCUAAUAAUCAAGUGGCUUUUUAGAGCACCAACAGAAGAUGUAAUGUAACAUUCAUUCAACAUUGGAGGUGAGGCCUCCAUUUUGAAAACCCACAGCUUCUAAAAUACUUCAAGAAAGUUUGGCACCGACCAUUGGGUUUUGUCCGUACCAGUAGAGUUUCUCCUCAAUCCGCUUUUUCUUCCACUGGCAGAGUAGAAGCAUGCGGAAGGUCUUUUGGAAAGUUUUGUUGCAGAGGGCGUAGCACAUUGGGUUGACGGUGCUGUUGACGUAGCACAGCCAGUAGCCCAGAUGCCACAGGGACACGGGGAUGCAGUCCGAGCAGAAGGUGGAUAUCAGCACCAUGAUGUUAUACGGCGUCCAUGUUAGGAUGAAGGCCAGGAGGAUGGCGCUGAGGGUCUGCGCUGCCUUCCUCUCUUUAAUCAGCACCAUCCUCUUCCUCUUUGUCAUCUGGUUCUUCAGCGUGACAUCCUUGAACGCCGAAUGGGCGGCCGGAGCGUUGACCGACUCCGCCGAGGAUGCCCCGGUUUUGGCAUCGCCGUUUUUGCCCCGGUGCGGGGCCAAGGCGUCUUUGGUGGCGGGUUUGAAUUUGUACGACACGCACUUGCUACUCUUCUGAGAGUUACUUUUGGGCGGCGUUUGGAAGAAGCUGUCCUCGUCGUAGCUGCUUAGCUGUUCGCUCUCGCUCCCCGCCACGCUCUUGCCGCCCUCGCAAACUUGGUUCCCCAAAGGGGGCUGCAAGGUGGACCUGUCUUCAUCUUCUGAGGACGCGUAGCUAUUGGAGGCGGUCAUGGGACCGGUUUUGGACCACUCCUCGUUGGUGGAGGCGGUGGACUUGGCGGCGUGGCUUGAGGAUGACCAUGAGGCUUGGGUGCGGUCCUGCGCCGCAGAUUUUAGCUUGCAGCUGAAACACGAACGACUGAUCCGUGCCCGGGUGACGUCGGGUUGUGUGGACUGAUUCGCUCCCUGAAGCUCCGCUAAAUCCUUGGUCCGUUUUUCUGUUUCUUUAUAGAUCCGACAGUAGAGGAUAGUCAUGACUGACACGGGGAUAUAAAACGCUGCAAUAGCGGUUCCAAACGUGAUAAUGGGCUCUGAGAAAAACUGAAUCUGGCAUUGUCUUUCGGGGACGGUUCUUUUGCCCACAAAAUAUUGCCAGCAUAGGAUAGGCGGUGCCCACAAAACAAGAGACACCAGCCAGGCUAAGCCUAUCAUGAUCCCGGCCCGCUUUGGAGUCCGUUUGGCUCUGUAGGUGAGAGGCCUGGUGAUUGAGAAGUAUCUGUCGAAACUGAUCACCAGCAAGUUCAUGACUGAGGCGUUACUGGCCACGUAGUCCACAGCCAACCACAGGUCACAUGACAGAUUGCCUAAGGCCCAGUAACCCAUCAGGAUGUAGGAGGUGUACAGGUUCAUGGAGAAGACACCGAUAAUGAGGUCAGCAGCCGCCAGACUCAGCAAGUAGUAAUUGUUCACCGUCUUGAGUUGGCUGUUGACUUUAAAGGAGAGCAUCACCAGGAUGUUCCCCACUAUGGUGAUGAGACUUACAAUGGCUGACACGGUCGCUAUGGCGACCACCUCCCAGAGAUUGUGGGUGACCACUUGGAUAUCCAUUGUGCUGUUGUUUACUGUGACAUUUGGGCCAUGCGCAGCUUCCAUAGUUGUGGGGUUAGUUGCACCGCACCAUAAAGAGAUGUGUUGAAUUUGACAUUUCCUGUUAAGAAAAAAAAAGGGGGAUUGGGGAGAAACAGUUAUGAAGGAAAAUGCAUUUUGUAGCCACUAGAGGGCGAUAUUUCAAACCGGUGAGCACUAACAAUGCAUUUUUGAUGGAAAUUUUGCUAAAUAUUAUGGAUUUAGUGUAUUUCCAUGUAGGAAAUAAUUACAAAUAAAAUGAUUGGUUCAGUCUACAA